GUUAGCCUGGUUUUUGGGACGCUCCUAGCUGUUAUCCCACUGCUCUGCUAGCUGCCUCAAGCCCCCUCAGGAAACCAUGGCCGAGGAGGCCGAGGGAUCCCCUCUGUCGUCCCAACAUGACGAGGUGCUCCAGCAGCGAGUGGCAGCUCUGGAGCAGGAGAGGGCCGAGUUCAUCAAACUCAAGCAGCAGCUGGAGGCCGAGUUCAACCAGAAACGAGCCAAGUUUAAAGAGCUCUACCUGUCCAAGGAAGAGGAGCUCAAGAGGCAGACGGCGGCGCUGGAUGGUGCCCAGACCGAGCUGAGCUCCAUCCAGACCCAGCUGGCUCAGGCCCGGGCCGAGAUAGAGACCAUCAAAGCAGUGGCCACCGUGUCGGAAAACACCAAACAGGAAGCCAUUGACCAGGUCCGCAGCCAGUGGCAGGAGGAAGUGGCAUCACUGCAGGCCAUCAUGAAAGACACAGUGUGUGAAUAUGAGGUCCAGUUCCACCAGCGCCUGGAGCAGGAGCGAGCCCAGUGGAACCAGUACCGAGAGGCCAUGGAGAGGGAACUGGGUGAUCUGAGACGCCGGCUCACCGAGGGUCAGGAGGAGGAGAAUCUGGAGGAUGAAAUGAAGAAGGCCCAGGAGGAUGCGGAGAAGCUGCGUUCAGUAGUGAUGCCCAUGGAGCAGGAAAUCGCGACGCUGAAGGCCAAACUGACCACAGCUGAGGACAGAGUGAAGGAGCUGGAGGCCUCGAAGGUCAAGGAGCUCAAUCACGUUCUUGAGGCUGAGAAGUCGUGUCGUACAGAUCUGGAGAUGUAUGUGGCCGUGUUGAACACUCAGAAGUCUGUCCUGCAGGAGGAUGCAGAAAAACUACGGAAAGAGCUCCACGAUGUCUGUCACAAGCUGGAGUUGGAGCGGCAGCAGCACAACCAGCUAAAGCACACGUGGCAGCGAGCCAAUGACCAGUUCCUGGAGUCUCAGCGCCUCCUCAUGAGGGACAUGCAGAGGAUAGAGAGCGUGUUGUCCUCGGAGCAGCUCCGCCAAGUGGAGGAGAUGAAGAAGAAGGACCAGGAGGAAGAUGAGAAAGAAAGGCUGAGCCAAGUGAAGGACCUGCAGGAGGACGAUGGAGGAGACAACACAGAGCCUCUGGAGGACCUUUUACUCGGGCUGAGCGUUGAGGAGCCUCACGCCAACCAUAGUGCCCACGGCUCUAUGCACUCCUUAGACACUGAGGUGGUGGCGGGCGGCCCCUCGGACCCCUACAAGGAAAACCUGCGGAGAGUCCAGUCAACGGACAGCCUCGGCUCCUCGCUGUCUGCCCAGCAAGGCCUCGGCGGCCACAACCACAAGGCCAAGUCGGCCAGCCACUUGGACGAGUCGGACUUUGGGCCUCUGGUGGGGGCCGACUGCGGCGUGACAGACAGUAGUUUUGGCGAGACUUCGUCCAUCAGCUCAAUCAAGCUGACGGCGAGUCACUUCCUGCUGACUAAGGACCAGGAGAAGGCGAUCAAAGCCAUGACGCCCGAGCAGGAGGAGACAGCAUCGCUGCUGUCCAGCAUCUCUCACGCCCCCGACACAGCGUAUUUGCCGCCCGCAGGCUACCGACUCGUCAGCGACAGCGAGUGGAACCUGCUGCAGCAAGAGGUGAAAAAUGCAGGCAGGAAGCUCGGUCGACGCUGUGAUAUGUGUUCUAACUACGAGAAGCAGCUGCAGGCAAUUCAAGGGCAGGAGGCUGAGACUCGAGAUCAGGUGAAGAAGCUGCAGGUGAUGCUGCGGCAGGCCAACGAUCAGAUGGAAAGGGCGAUGACUGAGAAACAAAACCUGGAAGAUUCAGUCAAAGUCGGCAACGAGGAAACUGCUGCUAAGGUGUCCGCCCUCAUGCAGAGAGUCCAGGAGUCAGAAACGCUGCUCGGUGCACUACAGCAGGCCUUCAGUGAAGCUAAGAGGAACACACAGGAGCAGAUGGCGGUGCUGGUGAAGUCGAGAGAGCAGGUGGCAGAUGAGCUAAGCCGACUGCAGAGAGACAACGAGAGCCUGCAGGGAAAACACAGGCUGCAUGUAGAACUGCAGCAACAAGAGGACUUCCAGAUGCCCAACACUGUGCAAGAGCUACAAGGCCUGGUGUUGCGGUUGCGCGAGGACUUGGUGGCGUUACGGACGUCCGCUGAUCACAUGGAGGAGAAGCUGAAGGCCGAGAUCCUGUUUCUGAAGGAGCAGAUCCAGGCAGAGCAGUGUUUGAAGGAGAACCUGGAGGACACUCUGCAGCUGGAGAUCGAAGGUUGCAAGGAGGAGAUAGACAUCUUGGAAGCGUCUUUCUCCAGCCUGAAGACGGAGCUGGAGCGAAUAAAAGCAGAGAAGGAACAGUUGGAGAGCAGUUUAGUGGAGAAGACUGAGACACUGGAGAGCAUCCAGGGCCUGAGGAUCAGCCUGGAGCAGCAGCUCAAAGAACUCACCACUGCAAAGAAUGUACUAGAAAGUCAGGUUCUGGAUGAGAGAGACAAGGCUCAGCGGCUGCAGACGGAGCUGGACGUCAGCGAGCAGGUUCAGAAGGACUUUGUCAAACUUUCUCAAACCCUUCAGGUACAACUGGAGCGAAUACGACAGGCAGACUCCUUGGAUCGAAUCAAAAUAAUCCUCAAUGACACCAACUUGACUGACAUCAACCAGCUUCCAGAGACAUGAUACCUUCAUGCGAAGACUGCCUUCAGUUUCAUUCCCCUCUUUCUCUAUCACUGGCCCAGUAACAUUAUUGAUCCGAUCCUUCCUCCUCCCCAUAACCACCUUGGAAGAGUUUGGAGGGACACGGACAGACGUGGCAUGAGGAGCUCAUGGCCUUCUGUGUAUAUUAAAAGUCUUGGAACACACCAUGGAGAGAAUAAUGAAGAAGAACACUACUAAAAACAAAUGUAAAUAACUAAAUGUGUGACUGUGGACGGAUGGAGUGGAGGUCCUUCUCCCUGUGGGCCUGUCUGUGUCUCGUUUCUACUGUAGAUAUGACCGUCUGUAUUAGCUCAACCAAAAAAAAGGUUUGUCGUCUUCUAAAGCACUUUUCAUCUGCAACUUCUCUUUCCAGGUUCAACAGAAAACAACUGAAUGCACAGAUUUUCUCCUUCUGUUCUUAAAGCGGUUGUUAAUCACUUCCUUAUUCCCAGUUGCUUGUUCUUUCCCUGUGUGUUUUUUUUUUUUCCCACCUUUUCUGGCUAUUUUCCACCACGUUCUGGUCAUUUAGCCCUCUGACAAAGAUGCAAUGAAGGAUGGAAAAUACUUGCAAAUAAUUUAACUGGGAUAAAAAGAAAAAAAAAAAAAAAAGACAAAAAAGGAAUUUAACACAACGCAAGCAAUACCCUUCAAUUUUUUUAAACAUCCUCUGCUUCCCGUUCUGCUUUGUUGUUGCUCUUAAUGUAUGACAGAAACCUUUUUUGUUUUAAAGCUGCAGAAAUACAGUGACAAAACAUUAGUUGUGUUUGAGGUUGUGGGAUUUAUUUUUCAACUCUUGAUUGUUGAGAAACCAGUUAAAAAACACUAGUUAACCCAGUUCAUUUCAGGUAGAGAAGUGUUGAGGUGGAGGAGUCCAUAGAAAUUAAUGGAUUUUAUUACAUGUUAUUGACUUUUGAGAUCUUAAAUCACAGCUUUUAAAGUACGGAGUAGCACAACCAAACUACCCCGUUAACUCUGUCUUAUUGGACUGCGAAAUUCACUAAAAGAGCUCAAAGAUGGUUCAUUCAUCACUAUGAGAAAUUCUGUUGUCUGUGAAGCUACUAAUUGAUUUUAGUUAAACAACCUUAAAGUAUCGGGAUCAGUACUCUCUUUACAGAUGUUUGUGUUUGAUGUGGAAAAAAACGGAAUAACUCAAAGAUGUUGCAGCUGUGCAUCAGGCGCUCCAAACUAAACUAAGUCACCUAAAAACUGUUGUCUGCUACUUCACCAAACCUGACAGUUCAGAACUGCUAAUCAGAUGGUUGAAGAGCAUCCGAAACCUCCUCCCUCCACACCUUUCCGAAAUCAUGUUUGAGGUUUCUUUUCCAAACUGACAAUCUCACACCUGCCUUGUGGCGAAGGUGAGAAAAUGUGCUUGGUUUCAGUUUCUAUAACUUUUCAUGCUAACAACUGAGUGCAAUGCUGUUUUCCGAGGAGGGGCUGUCUGAAAAUUUGGGUCUGUAUCUUCAUAUUUGUAAGAAUCUCUGCAGGAUCUAGCUUUUCACUAUCUCAAACUUCAGAAAUGGAUUUGAAAUGCUUCAGUGUGGUCCCAAAUGAACCAGAUCGUAUGACACGUCACGAUCACAAUUAGAAGCAAAAGUGUUUACACCUUUUCUCCGCGCUCACCUUUUCUGACAGUCUCUCGUUGAAGACACUUGCAAGCGUUGCACAAAACUGACAGAAACUUGAGAAUUCGAGGUUUUUCAAAAGAAACCAAUUGCUUUUGUAGUUCUGCACCAACUAACAAGUUGCUGUGUAAAGUGGCCGAUCUUCCUUUUGCGUUCAACACUUACAGCUGUGUUUCCAUGUAAUUUUACGCAUAUUUUGAAUGAUCACAUUAGAAAAAAGGUUUUUUUUUUUUUUUUUUUUUAAACACAAAAUCUUCCUUCAUUUGCAAAAAGUUUUAACACUUUGUUGAGGUGAUUUUUCCACUUCAUUGAAGAGACUACUUUUUUGGAAUAAGGCCUUAUGUAGUACAUAUUUACCUCACAUGACUGAUGCCACUUCUUAUGUUGUCUUUGUCUUUAGCUAUCAUGAAAGCUGACAUGAAAGAACAUUUUGCAACUGUCACAAUUUACAACGGUUUAAAAAGACUUCGUUUUUGUCUCAUAGAUGGACACAGUUUUGUUUGUUUCUCACUUGCAAACAAUUGCGUCUGUUUACAGCCAUGUAGCCUUCUGUCAACACUACGCAGCUAAUUUUAUUCACUCCAAAGCAGCUAAUGCAAAACAUGCGUAAUUUGCAUUUUUAUUUUCUGUGACAUUCAAAAUUUUGCUUCUUUUGCUCAAGAAUUAUGUGGAAACACGUCUUACGAAUGUGUUUCAGGAGAAUCGGUCAGAAAAUGUGCUCCAUUUCCCCUUUUUAGUCAACUGUCAGGUCUCCCUUCCCCUCCUGCUAUCACUUUUACUUUUCACCUUCACUUCAAAUUUAACAUCAUGAAACAACCAUUAAUGCUUCUGAUCCCAGACACGAGCAUAAAAAAUACUGACAGCCAUCAGAGACAAUUAGGAUGCUACAAAGGCCUCAGUAUUCUUUAAACAGACUGGGUUGUGCAACAUUUCAUUGAAGACAAAAUGACUGUCUGUUCUUUGCCUUUUCAAGAACUCUUUUGUCUUUUCUUUUUCUCUGUAGAACCCUACUUUGCAGCUUUUACUCUCCUUGCCAGUUUCUGUGGGAAAUUUUCAUUAUUGGGGCUUCUGUUUAAAAAAAAAAAAACGUCAUAUGCAGCCACAGUAAACACUUUCCUAAUGAGUUUAUGGCCUCAGUGGCUAGUUUUAAGACAUUACGAAUCCAGCGUGAUGCUUAUUUUGCAAACUAUGGUCCCAUUCUAAGUAAAGGAGACAGUAAAGCAGGGUAUGAUUCGUUUGCGAUUGGCUACAUGGGCUUAUGCACAGUGUCCUCAAGUUUUUAAUCAGAUCCACCCUUGCUUGCUUGGUCAGGUUUUGAAAAACCAAGCAGUCGACAGCCAAGACCAAACUUGAGACUUCAUAACGGCCGUGUGCAAACCAAUAAGUAGCGUCACGGUGACUGUGUCCGUUUUUUAACUCAGUCUGUGCAUUCAACAAAUGCUUCACUCAAAGCAUACUGAGGCCUUUACUGAUAAUUAAAGUAAAUAGUCCUUUUUAAUAUUCCAUAUUUAAUCCAGGAUGUUUCAAUGGGAUGCAGCUAUACUGGAACUUUUGGUGCACCAAUGUUAGGAUGUAUAAACAAGACAGGGCUGCCCAUUUACUAAUAAUAAAUAAAUAAAAAUAAUCGUACAUUGAGUGUGUGGCUUCAAGAAUCUUAAGUAUUUAGACAAACUGAAUUUCUAAUAAGAGUGAAAAAUUAGUCAAAAAAUGCCAAGCAGUAGUGAAAAUGAGGCUGGAGAGGAAAUUCAUUCUUAACUUUCUAAUGUGCAGAUGGAGAAAAUGCACAAUUUUUGAGAAAAUAAAUCACAAUUUUCUUUGUUUUUCACACUUUCAAGGACGCAAACUGUUUCCCAGGACUUAUUGAGAUUGUUCUGUGCUUGUUUGAAACGAUUGGACACAAGGCUGCAGAGUUUUACGGAAACCCCAUGGCUGAUAAAUGUGUGUACAGUAAUUCCUCAGACGGAGGGAGGGGUUGAAAGAACACAUAUGUACAUGAAUACAGCAGCAGCAUUGUUUGGUUUAAGGACCUGUUGAUCACUGUUUUUGUUAGUUUUGACUUGCAUGUGUCCCAUGUCCUUCUGUUGCAUAUGUCGAUACUGUAGAUAUCUGGAGUUGAUAUUUAUGGCAGAUUGAUGUGAUGUGUUAUAAAGGCGAUGUGGGUGCGUGAGCCAUCUGUCCUUUUGAGUUGCACUGACAGGAAACUGAACUGGCGAACUCACAGCAGGAGUUUUACAGUGUGAAUUCUAGACAUUAUUUUCUCUGAAAGCCUUAUUGCAUCGGCUUGGUGUGUUCUCAUUUUAUUUGUGACAUUUACUGUCCCUCUAAUUUAAUGUUUUGUCUAUUACAGUAAUGAAUUUUACUUGUGGCCCAUAUGGCAUUAAUGUGAGGUGAUCCGCAGACAAAUUGAUUUUUAUUGAGUAAUUUCUGAUCUAACGUUGCUGGGUCAUUUGAAAAUGUAUGUUGAGUCCCAAAAAAUAAUUGGAGUAGACGUUUAAACGAGACGGAUGUGUGACAGAAAUACAGUUUGUUCUCAAAGCUCACACUGUGUACUGCUGUACCUGCUGCUUAGUUUUUAGUAUAAAUACAAAUUCAUGACGAAUAAAGUGCACUCAAAGCCCAAGAUGUGUUUGUGCAAUCUAAAUAUGAGGUGUGAUUAUUUGUUUUGAAACAAUAGUUAUGAUAAAUUCCUGUUUCCCCUGACUGAGAUGGGACACCACAAUGAAGAGAAACAGUGCAAAUGUGGACUGGACCUUUUACAGAUUUAGUUUUUGCACUUUACUCGAAAUGAACCAUUAAAAACUGACACAAGUGCACAGUUUGAGCUUUCAUAGGCAGCUUUUAUCAUUCCACUUUACCGUCCUCCAUCAAACCAGUGUCAUCAGAUGUGUCCCACAUAAGAUCUGUUCAAGGGUUAUUUAAGUUUGCUGCAUCCAGUUUUAAAGUACACACUCCAGAUCCAGUUGAUCGAGUUUUUACCUUAUAAGAAUAAUUAUAUAAAUGUAGGGAAAAUGCUAUUUCAUAACGUCUUGGAUGCCUAUGAAUUUGUAGGCAUUUAUGCUAUAAAAACGACCAAAAUUCAGCGCUCAAUAUUGGCUGGUAGCACUCCAACUUCGAUCGGUCAAAUCCUGGAGUGUGCACCUGUAAAUCUACUUGUUAGUAUUUCAGAUCUUCCAACCAAAAAAAAAAAAAAAGAGGAACAGGACUGUAAUUUUACUCAUACAUGAAAGAGAGGCAUGAGCAGCACGCUUGAAUGAUGAAUACAAUGACAUUUAAACAAUAUUUGCUAUAAAGUUCUGCCCACUGAA